AUGUCCAAUUCUCCUUCUGGUGUGGGUAUUGUCAAUCCCAAUGAAACCAAGACCGAAACUGCCGCUGGUGCAGUCAGUACCGUCUCUUCUCAUGUCGAUCCAUUCCCUCAUUACUUGGUUGGAGGAUUAUGUGGAGCUUCAGGAAUGUACGCCUACAGCGCCCUCAACCAGCCACGCACAGGUGCCAUCGCUGGUGGUCUUGCGUUGGCCUUCAUAUACUCUGGAAUGCAGCUUGCCCGUGGUCAUGAAAUGCAUGGGUAUGAUGUUGGUACGCUCGCUUCUGCUGCGUUGCUUGGUGCCAGUCUCCCACGUGCAUACAAGCAUCGUGAAACUUUCAGUAUGUUGAUGAGUGCUUUGGGCGGAGUGUCAUUCGUUGGAAAUGCAAACAAGGCUUACCAAGUUCGUACACGCAAGCCUAAGGAUUUAUACACUGUCAAGUUUUGA